AUGACACUUAAUAAGGAUUAGACACCAAUUGCUGGGUCAGCUUUGAGGCAUGAACAUGUUUCUGUAUGCAGCAUAUUCAUUUUAGAUUCUCUCUACAUGUUUAUGGAAUCUACAUGUAAACAUUUCAGUUUUUAACCCUUUAUUUGGAUGGAGCCACAUGGCUGAUUUCCCAAUGCACAGCUCAUCCACAAAGCAGCCUGCUAAAUGUUAAGCCAUUAGUGCAUAUAGACCCAGGCAUUUGCUGUUAGUUUCUCUUCUGUCCUCCAUGACGCCGCAGGUUCCAGUGCCCAGACCAUCAUAUUCUCAAGCCAGGGAGAGUCUAGUGAAGGCUAUUCCCUCUAAGAUCAUCUGUCUUUUUGCCUGUGGGGGGAGAGACUGCCAAUAUGAGGGUCCGGCGUGCUGGAGCACGAGCCAACAGGCCAUUAAAGGGGUCUUCUCUAGCUGGGUGACCGAUGACAUCAUUGCGUUGGCACGACCUUCUACAUAUCUCAUCAAGAGAUACUGCAUCAUAGAUCAGUUUAAACAGUUAAACAUCAAAUCCAUCAUUAAUAUGCAGCUCCCCGGGGAACAUGCUCACUGCGGCCCUCCUCUGGACCCUGGCAGUGGAUUCACAUAUUCACCUCAGAUCUUUAUGGACAGCCAAAUUUACUUCUAUAAUUUUGGGAUGUCUGAUUUUGGUGUGUCAUCUCUGGAGGGGAUGCUGGAUGCCGUGAAGGUCUUGGCCUUCUCUGUUCAGGAAGGAAAGGUGGCUGUUCAUUGCCAUGCUGGACUGGGAAGGACAGGUGUUCUUAUCGCAUGUUAUCUGGUCUACACCUGUCGAAUCAGCGCUAGUGAAGCUGUCCACUAUGUUCGGAUCAAAAGGCCUCGCUCAAUCCAGACGCGAUCCCAGAUCAAUCUGGUGUUUGAUUUUGCCCGGCUGGUGGGCCCUCAGCUGGCCCAAUACCCAUGUCUGAACAUGCGUCACGGUUCCUCCUUCAGUCUCCGGCAGUAUCUCCUUCGUCAGGCACUUCUGCUGCACGGGGAUGAGGCCCGAACCCUCAAACACACGCCCAAGAUCCUGCACGUCCUCUGCAGCAUGCUGAUCGCUCUCACCCAGGGGGCUCCCAGUCCUCCAGAGGUCCAGAGAGAACUGGAGAAGAGGCUGAAAAUAUUGGCUCUGAAGAAGGCAGUGAAGGUGACACUUCUGAAGAGAAACCUGCCUGCUCUGAAGGAAAGGAGAGGCUCGUGCAGAGCUUACUCCUGCGAGUCCUGGGACGAGCCAUUUGGCUUCUUGGAGAGAAAGAGAGACGUCCUUCUAAACAAGCGAAGCUACAGCGACUCAGAUCUCAGCAAGAUCACUAUCACUGAGGAUUUUAUGUUCUCACGCUACUCUCCUAAAUCUGGUGGACACCAUAAAUUAAGCAAUGGAGAAAUUGGUCCAUUAAAAGAUGAAAGAAUCCCAACAGAAUCCCAAAAGAUUCCUCACACCCCAAUGGCAGACCAGUGCAAUGAGACCAGCAUUCCUAAUCCAACAUCAACUCCUCACACACAACAUGAGACUGUGAACAAGAAGACCAAAUGCACAACCAAGAAACCUCAAGCUUACCUAAAGUACAGCUCAAACAUCGAGCUGCGGCUGGAUUAUCACACAUCAGUUCAGUCGUCUUUAUCAAGAGCCGUCGCUGAAGCAAUGGCACAACAGCGCCUUCCACUAGACACUGUAUUGAGAAAAGCAGCGGUUUUGCAGGAAGAGCUCAACUUGAGUGAAUGUGGCUGGGCUACACUUGUCAUGGAAACAGAUCCAGAUGUUCUGAGCACACUGUUAUGGAUCUGGCUGGAAAAACUAAAGGAUCCUGUUCUGAAUAAAGAAGACAUAGAGAGGCUGACCUCAACCUGGCCUGUGCAAAACCCCCUUAUUUCACUGCAAAAGUAUCAGCGGCACACCAUCUGCUGUUUGCUGGACUGUGUGGGUCAUGUGGCGGUUCAGUGUCCUCAGUUUGAACAUGCUAUACUACAGAGACUCAUUCGAGCUUUAACAAGACGCCCUCCAGAGGAAAUAGAGAGAAACAACAUCUUGUCACGGGUCCUCAGAGCUACAAUGAGAGAGCAGUACCUACACAACCACUACCCAAAUACUACAACACCAUCAAAGUGCUAGGAGUAGUGGUUCAGCUAAUGAAACCAAUAAAGAUUUCUGUAGAAAGAACCAUUGUUUGAUGGUAUAUCUGAAUGACUGAUUGAGUUAUUGAUUUGUAUUUUUAUGUGUACAGUACUCUUUCUAAUUAUUAAACGCUUAUUAUAUCACAUGUAAAA